AUGAAAACUGGAAUUGGUGCCCUGGUUGCAGGAAUUGUUGGUGUUAUUGGCAUUCUUCUGUUCCUCAUCGCUUUUGGAACUGAGUACUGGCUGCUAGCUACAGAGGCCUGUGGAAAGCCGGCAUCUAAAAAUGGAACUCUGGACAUUGAGAUGGAAGGUGUUUCCAGAGACUCCGCAACAGGUGUCCUCACAUUCCACCAUGAAGGCUUCUUCUGGAGGUGCUGGUUCUCAGGAGAGGGCACCCAUGGGAACGUCUGGAAAUUCUGGUUCACUAACCAGCCUCAUACCAAGCAGUGCCGUCCCGGUUAUCUCUUUCCUAUGCCCAUUGCUCUGGGACCUUUACCGCAUCCUUCUUAUGAUGCGACUGCAGUGUACCGAGGGUUCUGGACGGUUUUCAUCGUGCUAGGUGUCACUGCCAGCCUGGUAGGGGUAUUCCUCCUGGUAUGUGGGGCACCCUUUGUCAAUGCUCGGCUUUAUAAAUUUGGUGGGAUCUUCCUUAUCACCUCAGGGGGCUUCUUCCUCCUUCUCCUCCUUCUGUUUGUGCUGUGGAAGGAAUGUGCAGCUGAUUUUCAGAAAUACAUACUUCUGGAAAGGAGUGAAAAGUGCAUCCCUGAGAAUGUCCCUGUGCACGUGCAUUAUGGCUGGUCUUUUAUGUUUGCUGCUUCUGGAACACCCUUGGUUUACCUUUCAGGACUUCUGUUUUAUUUGAUUGGCCAGAGGAACAUGAAAGUGCCGAAGUGAAAGAAGGGAGAGAGGGCUACAUCCCCACUCUCCCAACACCACCUGCUCAAUACUCACACACACACACAUCAACAUGCUUACAUACAUACUUACACACUCACACAACACAUUUACACACAUACACACAUGCACCCCAUGUGUGCCAUACUCUUCAAGGUUUUACCCACCAUAGCAGAUAUUUGAUCAAGAAAUGGUAACAAAUGGUACUUCGGGAGAAACAUCGAGAAGGGAAAGGGAGCACUAGACUGAGUUGUAUGAAGGGGCCCAAAAGUUGGUUUUCAUUGGCCUCAGAUUUAGAGGCCAAAGAACCUCGCUCUCAUUUCCCUAAUGUUUUUAUAAAUCGCCCUCACUUGGCAAUAUCGUUUGUAUUGGAGCUGUUAUUUCAUUUCCAAUCUCUCCUAAAUCCAAUUGUGAUUUACAGUAAGAUGUUUCUUUUUGAAUAGAAAUUGAGUGUGCCUUUUUUUUUUUGAGCGGGGUGGGGGGCGGAGCAAGAAUUAGUCAUAACUGAUGUCCCAGGCCAGCCAUGAUUAUUUUUUAGGCAAUUUAAGCCUGGGGAAGUUGAAAAAGUUAUGCCAGGAGACAGAGAGACAGAGACAGGGACACAGAGACUGAGAUUUUUUUCCUUUUCCUUUUUCCUCUUCAGAUAGAAUUUGGAAAGCAAACCCAGUGUGAAUGCAUGCACAUUUUAAUGGGCUGGAGAAGAGAUAGCUUAUAUCCAGAGGCAAUCUAGCUCCCAUUUCCAUGCAGCUGACUUUACUUCCUUCCAAGCGAAGAGGGCUGUAUUUCACUGAGAGAAUUAGAAAAAAAAAUAUUCAAAACAUAAAAGCCUACACUUGGGUAAGUGAAAUAAAGAGCCAACUUUUCAGCCAUAGUAUAUAGGUCCUUCUGCAGAGGAAAACGGGAGACAUUGGAACACCACUGCUUUUGACUUGGUCCUGGAAAUAUAUUUGUAUUUUGUGGAACAAAUAGCAUUCCUGGCUGAAGAUUAAAGUGGAAAAGUAGAAGAAAGUCAGUGUCUAGAAGCUGGAAGCAUAAAUAGCACAUUCAUUCAUUAGGAUCCCUUUCAAGCCUUCAGUGUCAACCAUAAUAAUUUGUCUGCUUAGGGUUAAAUGGUUCAUAUCAUUUUUGGUCCUUAGACCUAGUCCCUCUUUCUUUCUUCUGGUAGGAGGCCAUGCUAGCUUACCAGAAUUCAGAGAAAGCCUAAGGCUACUUUGGAGAAGUGAAGGAUAUGUUAAGUUAGCUAUUCAUUUGUUCGGAAUCAGAAACAAAGUAAACUGUCAUCUUGUAAAAACAAUCUUGUGGUGGGGCCUGCGGAAAGACUCUCAAGGACUCCUGCCUUUCAUAGCUAGUCAGUGAGCUACACACCGCACACGCACACAGAACCAUUGUGUGAGUACCAUUUGGAACCAGCAGUAAGAUGAACCUGUGUCUGCAUUUCCCUGAGUGGGAUUCACUUUCUAGGUUUGCAUUAUGGUGGAGUGACUUACUCUCAGAGACUAUUUUCAAAUGUUAAUGCUUGUCUUUGAGGCACAGGAGUCUCUGUGAGCUAAGAGUUGUUACAACCAGAUCCAUUAGCCAGUGAAUAUGUUAUUAUUCUUUCCUGCCUUGGCCAUUGUCUCCUGUGAAAUUGUAGCUUUGACAUAUAUGUUUGUUUAAAAUAUGGGAGAUCUAACCAGUGAUCUCACCAGCCAUGAGCUUUCUUGUUGGUGUGACUUAUUUGUUCACUUAAAAAGCCUGCGUUAAUAAAAUACAUUCU